AUGUAUUCUACGUGGAAAUUAAACCAGCUCAAAGAAGAAUUAAAGAAAAGAGGUGCGUCCUGUAGUGGAAGGAAGGCAGACCUUGUAGAGAGGUUAGAGGCGUAUGAUAGAAAUUUUAACUUCACUGAUAAAUCGUAUUCCCCAGAACCAGUACAAGGCGAAGUUAUGAUCAUACCAAAAAACGAUUUUUAUAAAGAUAUUAACAGCAAUACCCCAUUGCCACCAUUAAAUAAACACCAAAUACAAGAGUAUUUUGGAGAGGGUAUUAUCAAGAAAGACAAAUAUAAUGAAAGAAUACGGAAUCUUGUCUUAAAUUGUACAGGCAGUACUAUGCCUUUAAGGCAACUAUAUAAACCUGCAAAUCCUUAUGCAAUCGAGUGGGAUCAUGGCAGUUACAGUGUUUCUUUAAAAGAUAAAAUUUUGAAAUCCUUAUAUUUAAAAAAUGUUACCUUAGAAGAUAUUGAAAAUAUCGAAAGAGACACUAGAAUGCAAAGUCAAAAUGAAAAUUGGUAUCUACACAGAAAAAAUCGUCUCACAGCAAGUAAUUUUCAUACAAUUUGCCAUUUGAGUGUCCAAAAUAUGCCCAGCUUUGCAAAGAACAUAAUGUCCAGACGGAGUGUGUCAACCAGAGCUACAAAUCAUGGCAAAAUUAGUGAAAAAGUAGCCCUAAAACAAUAUUGUGAUAAAUAUGCACUUGAUGUCAAAGAAUGUGGCUUAUUCAUUAAUAAAGAGAAACCAUAUUUACGUGCUUCUCCUGAUGGAUUACUUGGAAAUAACACAAUUAUUGAAGUACAAUGCCCUUACUCAACUCGGUAUGGCUCCAUAAAUCCGGUUAAUGUACCUUAUCUGUGUCUAGAAAAUGGAGAACUGCAAAUAAAAAAAACACAUCCCUAUUACUAUCAGAUACAAGGCCAACUAUUUUGUACUAACCGAGAAUUCUGUAAUCUUAUCAUCUAUACAUAUAAAGAUCUCCAGGUUGUGUAUAUCACAAAGGAUGAACGUUUUAUAGCAGAAAUGGUUAAGAAAUUGGACCUCUUCUAUAAAAACUACUUCGAAGAAGCUGUUUUAAAUAAAUAUUUAUAUAAGUACUAUGCAGAAAUAAUAAAACCUUGA